CCCCAGUGGAGGGGGCUGCCGCGAUUAGAAGGCUCUAACAUGGAGGGGGAGCUAAUGGAGGGAGGGCCGGCGCUGGGGGUGAGGAACCGCCCCGGGAUGGCCUGAGGGGGGCACGACGGCGGCUGCGGGGCUCCCGCCUCGGCCCGGCGGCGGAGGGGAGUCCUUCCCACCUCCCCGCAGGGCGGAGGAGACAGCAGCGGGCAGAUCCCGCUCUCGGCCCGGCGCUGACUCCGGCCCCCUCGGAGGGAGAGGUUCUCCCUCCCCAGAGGGAGUCUGGACUGCCCUGCUGAGUUUUCAGAGUUGUAAUGGCUGAAGUUGUUCAGUGGGAGACAGCUGGAGGCAGAACAUGGUCUAGCACUUACACAGUGCCCAUGAUUUGACCCACAGCCGCUGCCUUCACUGGGACCACCAGGAUGGGGAACAGUGGCUCAGCCGUGAAGGUCUGCACAGAUCACCAAGGAGGCAUCAACUGGCUGAGCCUGAGCCCGGACGGCCAGCGCUUGCUCACGGGUAGUGAAGAUGGCACUGCGCGGCUCUGGAGCACUGCUGACAGCCAGUGCCAUGGCCACUUCCAAGGACAUGAAAGCUACAUCACCUUUUGCCACUUAGAAAAUGAGGCUGCCUUUACGUGUAGUGCCGAUCACACCAUUCGAAAGUGGGAUGUGAUGACAGGUCAGUGCCUGGCCAUUUACCGAGGACACACAUCAAUUGUUAACAGGAUCCUGGUUGCCAAAGACUAUCUCUUUAGUGGCUCCUAUGACAGGACGGCGCGCUGCUGGAGUGUGGACAAGGAGAAACAAAUCCAGGAAUUCCGGGGCCAUCGGAACUGUGUCCUGACUCUAGCUCACUAUUCCUCCAGGGAUGUUCUUGAAGAAGAGGAGGAAGAAGAGGAGGAGGAGGAGAAAGUAAGCAGAGACCUCCUCGUGACAGGUAGCACAGACUGCACUGUUAAGGUCUGGUGGGUGUCCAGCGGGCGCUGUUACCAGACUCUGCUGGGACACACUGGGGCUGUCUUAUGCCUUAUACUUGACGCACCAAACAGGGAGCUGUUUUCUGGCAGCACGGAUUAUACCAUUCGAACGUGGAAUAUUGUCACUGGUGAGCAGUUGAAAGUCUUCAAAGAGCAUCAAGGAUCAGUAAUUUGCCUAGAGCUAGUGAAUCGGCACUUGUAUUCAGGAAGCGCGGACAGGACAGUGAAGUGCUGGUUAGUAGACACUGGGGAGCGAAUCCAAACGUACAAGGCUCACAAACACAGCGUUAGCACUUUGAAAUACCAUGCUGGGAUCUUGUUCACAGGAAGUGGUGAUGCCUGCGCAAGAGCUUUCAAUUCCAAGAGUGGUGUCCUGCAAAAGAUCUUUCGAGGACACAAGUUCAUCAUCAACUGCAUCCAGAUCCACAAUGAGUUGCUCUACACAGCUUCCCAUGAUGGCACGCUAAGGAUCUGGGACAUCCGAGGAAUAUGCAAGAGAAACAAGAGGCGUUUGAAGAAGGAGAGGUCUGCCCAGGGCCGGGGCUCUCAGAAGGGAAGUCUGUCUCGCCUCUUCAAUAACAAAGUCGGCUGCAUGGUACAGCAAGAAAAUGGGGAACAUGAGGCUGUUGAACUGAUGUGACCCCACCGCAGACUUCCCAGGAGUGACCAAAGCUGAACCUUUUGUUUUAUGUACCACUGUGUCCAUGUAAACCAGAACUUGGAAAGAGAUGGGAAGGCACUUUUGGGAAACCUCUUUUCCAGGAGCCAGGAUUCUGUGUCAGGUGGGCU